GGCGGCGGUGGCGGCGGCGGAGAAGGGGCGAAGGCGGCGGCGUCCGGGCCUCGUCGCGCGGGGCUCGUGAGGCGGCGGCGGGAGGCGCGAGGCUCGAGAGCUGACCCCAAUGCCCAGCAAUGGACGAGGACAGCCUGGAUGAGCUUGCCGAGCGCAGCCCAGCGCAGCGCGGGCAGCACCUCAGCCCUGAUGCAGGGCCCAGUAAUUCAGGUCUAGAGAGUGGCAGUGAUGGGGACUCUGAGGACGACUCGGGCAGUGAGGACGAGGUGGCCCCGGAGGGGAGAUCCGAUUCUGAGGAUGAGGACGACGAGGGGGCACUGGAGUCGGGGGACGCCUUCCACUCGGAUGACGACUCUGAGAGCUGCCCCAUCUGCCUCAACCCCUUUCGAGACCAGGCCCUGGGCACCCCUGAGAGCUGCACCCACUACUUCUGCCUUGACUGCAUCCUGGAGUGGGCCAAGAAUGCCAACUCCUGCCCAGUGGACCGCACACUCUUCCAGCACAUCUGCAUCCGCGCCCAGUUCGGUGGCAAAGUUCUGAAGAAGGUCCCUGUGCAGAGCUCAGCAGCGGCGGAGGAUGAAGACCCCACCUUCUGCGAAGUGUGCGGCCGCAGUGACCGUGAGGACCGCUUGCUGCUGUGUGACGGCUGCGAUGCUGGGUACCACAUGGAAUGCCUGGACCCCCCUCUCCAGGAGGUGCCCGUGGACGAGUGGUUCUGUCCAGAAUGUGAGGGGCCAGAGGCAGCUGCCGCAGCAGACUCUGGCUCGGGGAGCGAAGACCUGUCGCUGCUGCUGGCCGAUGUGGUGCCCACCAGCAGCCGCCUACGCCCCCGCCUGGGCAGGACCCGAGCCAUCGCCAGGACUCGGCAGAGUGAGCGGGUCCGCGCCACAGUCAACCGGAACCGUCUCUCCACGGCCCGGAGCUCCCCGCAUGUCCCACGGCACCUCAUGUCCCUGCUGGAUGAGACCAUCAAUGCCGUGGCCAUGGGGCUAAGCACUGCCGUGUACCAGCGCCCCCUAACGCCCCGCAUGCCCACCCGUCGGCGGAAGAGGAAGCCAGGGCGCAGGAAGAAGGCGCACACCAAAGCAGCAGGAAGGAAAACCAAGAAGCGGCAGGGCCGUGGGAAGAAGAAGAAGCAUGGGGUGCGUCGCUCCAAGAAUGAAGUCACUGCCCGCUGCCGCAUUGCCCGAGCACUGGGGCUCCGCAGACCGGCCCGAGGCACUUGUAUCCCGGCUGUGCACAAGCCCGCUGGGCCAUCCCUGGGCCUGAUGCGGGCCGACAUUGGGGCUGCCCCCCUGUCUCUCUUUGGGGACCCCUGCGAGCUGGACCCCUUCGACAGCAGUGCCGAAGACCCAUCGCCCCGCUCGGCCUCACCACAGAGCACCAAGAGGACCGUGCUGUCCCGCUCCGCCCUGCGCUCACACCAGCCAGUGGCCAGGCCACUCGCCAUGGGCAUCUCCAGGAGGAGUAUGGCCGCCAUGGCCCCAGAGCCAGAAGUGGCCGCCCCAGUGCCCGACCUGCUGGGGAGUAUCCUGUCGAGCCAGAGCCUCCUCAUGCUCAGCAGCGCUGACGUGCUCAUCCACCGCGACGGGUCCCUCAGCGCCAAGCGGCCCGCUCCAGCUUCUUUCCCAUCGGUCCCUACAGAGCCAUCCAGACCAGAGGGAAACUAUGGGUCUGGGGAGCUUCCCGGCCGGGGUUCGGGCCCUCACAACAGGCCCCUCCCAGUCUCACCCCCAGCCCUACCAGCCCCCACCUGCCUCCCAACUGUGAAGCCGAACCUGUCAGGGCCACCCUGUGCACCGCAGUCCCCCCUCAUGGCCUCCGGGAGCAAGCCCAGCCUGAAGCCCAGUGAGGGCCGCCGUCCGGGGGGCCACAACCGGGCCCAGGGGCAGGUGCCCACCGCAGUGCCGCGGAACACGGACCUGUCGCUGCUACCCCGGAUACCAAAGAUCAAGAGAGCAGAGGAUGCCCCGGUGGCCCCGGCCCCAGCCCGCGGGCAGCAGGUUGAGCUUCCCAGCUCGUGCAUCAGCCGCCUGACGGGCCGGGAGGGACCCGGGCAGCCUGGGUCUGGCCGCCGUGCCGAGGGCGAGCCAGGCGGCAGGGGCCCACAGGAGCCAGGCAGCUCGCAGGCUCCGGCCCCACAGGCACCCUACCGCGGCAAGAGCUCCACCUUCCAGAGCUUCCGGAUCAACAUCCCCGGGAACGCUGCCCACAUGGGCCGCACCUCCAGCCCCGGCUUCUGCAACACCUUCAGGCCCGUGGACAGCCAGGUGCCGCGGAAAGACACGCCGGCACCACUUUUCUCCAUCCGCAAGGCCAAGCAGCUCAAGAGCGAGAUCUAUGACCCCUUCGAACCCACCGGCUCCGACUCCACGACUCCCGAGAGCAGCCCCGAGCGCCUGAGCCCCGGCCUGCUGCCCUCCGAGAUCACGCGCACCAUUUCGGUGGGGAGCCCCCAGGCACCCGCCAUGCGCCAGACCGUGCGCUGCGUCACCUCCUACACUGUGCAGAGCGACUUCGGGCCCAGCCCACCAUCCCCCGUGAGCCCCGGCCCCGCUGCCCCCGCGCCCUGGGACGAUGACGGGCCGACACGCAGCUCCUUCUUCGGCUGCGAGGAGAGGACUGUGACGGUGGCCGAGCCAGACCCGCCACCGAUUACCCAUCGCAUUGUGGAGCUGCACGCGCCGUCCCGCUCACGCUCGCCUUCACCAUCUGGCUCGCGUUCCCGGUCACGGUCCAGCUCCCACGGCAAGAAGCCCGCCAAGAAGCAGCAGGCCGGGCCCAGGGAACCGCGCAGGGCACGCUCCGGCUCUGGGGACAAGAGCUCUCGCUCACCCUCACCAGCCCCGGACGAGGAGCCAAGCCGGAAGCACCGGGCUCGGGCACGGAGCCGCCGCUCUUCGAGCGAGCGUUCGAGCAGCCACGAGCGGGAGCGGGCCCGGCGACGGAAGGCCAAGGCCCGCAGCAAGGAGAAGAAGCGCAGCUCCGGAACCCACAGCCGGCGGCGGGCACAUUCAGGCAGCCCCGGCAGCCCUGCACACGGGAGCAGGAGGAAGCGGGCCCGGGCCCGCGGGGGGUCGCCCCCCAGCAGCCUGGACCGAGGGCGACGGCACCGGCACCCUCGUGACAGGAGUCGGGAGCGGCCCCGGGAGAGGCCAAGCUCCCGCGACCGCAGGAAGCGCCGGUCACGCUCGCCGAGCCCUGAGCACCGAUCACGGGAGCACCGGCGGACCCGGUCCCACGAGAAGCGGCCCCGGACGCGCUCACCCGAGAGGAAGCCCACAGCCUCCCCGGAGCCGCCUGCACAGGAGGAGCCCGUGUCGGGCGGUGAGCCCCCCACGGCACCCGCAGCCUGGCCAGAACCUGCGGCUGUCCUCGAGGAGCCCCCGUCUGCCGCAGACGGGCCUCCCCCACAGGACCCCGCUGUGCCGGAGGUGGCAGCGGCUUGCCCCGCCGAUGACCUGGACUACGGCGACACCGUGGAGGCGGGUCACGUCUUCGAGGACUUUUCGAACGAAGCCGUCUUCCUGCAGCUGGACGACAUGAGCUCCCCACCGUCCCCCGAGAGCUCUGACUCGUCCCCGGAGAGGCCCUUCCUGCCCCCGAGGCCAGCGGGGAGCCUGCCCCCGCCCCAGCAGGAUGCCACCCAGCCCCCCGUGGCGCCUGGGGCCCCUGGCACGGCCCCGGAGGAGCCCACGGCGACCCCCGCACUGCGGGGCCGAGCGCUGGUGAAGAGGGUCACGUGGAACCUCCAGGAGGCAGGGGACAGGGACCCGCGGACUCCGCUUCCCCAGUUCCAGAAGCCGCCUCAGGAAGGUGUCUGGGGAACUGGACAGGGCCCGGCCCUGGUCCCCCAGCACCCCCCUUUCUUGGAGCCGCCCCCUGCUGGCCCUGUGGUCCUGGAGCCCAGCCUCCCCGCAGCCAGCCCUGCUCAGGUCUACACCCCCAGUCUGCCUCCCAGUGGCCUCCCCGCAGCGCUGCCCAGUCAGCCCAUGGUCCAGUUCAUCCUUCGGAGCAGCCUACCCCCAGCCGCUGGGGCGGUGGCCCCUGGCCCUGCCCUCGUGCCCGCGGUGGGCUCCGAGCCAGCCAGCCUCGGUGCCACCAACAACUCAGAGGACAAGGGGGCGGUGCCCCCACGGCCUGCUGCCGAGAAGGCCACCAAGAACGAGGAGUACCUCAAGAAGCUGCACACACAGGAGCGCGCGGUGGAGGAGGUGAAACUGGCCAUCAAGCCCUUCUACCAGCGGCGGGAGGUGACGAAGGACGAGUACAAGGACAUUCUGCGCAAGGCCGUGCAGAAGAUCUGCCACAGCAAGAGCCGCGAGAUCAACCCCGUGAAGGUGGCGCAGCUAGUGAAGGCUUACGUGGACAAGUACCGCCACAUGCGCAAGUACCGGCGGCCUGAGGCCGGUGACGAGCCCCCCCCAGCCACGGGGGCCCAGGGCUGAGGCCCGGCGCUGCUUCCCGGCCAGGGUCAGGGUCGGCGCCGUCAGAACUGAACUUUUUUAUAUGUACAGUAUAGAGACGCGGUUUCCAUUGUGUUCUAAUUUAUCAAACAAGGAUUCUCUUAGAACCUUC